UUGCCACAGCAUCUGCAGGGACCCUGUGUCGCCUCUAACAGAAAUGGACGGCAGAGCAGAUGUGAAGUCUCUCAUGGCGAAGUUCAACGUCGGCGGUAACCCCACAGAGGAGGCGUCCGUCGGCCACAGGCCCUUCAAAGUCUCGGGGCAAAACUCACCAUCAUCAUCUUCUUCUUCUUCUUCGGGGAUCCAGGCGAGAAAGAACUUAUUCGACAGCGGCCAAGGACAUGCCGCCCCUGCGGCGUUGGGAGCCGGCCACGUGCCUAAGCCUGGGGCCCCAAAGCCACCUUUGGCGGCGAAGCCCGCCUUUGAGGAAAAGGCCGAGAAGGAGCCCAAACCCCCUUUUUUAAAACCUACCGCGAGACUGGGAGCGCCGAGCAGCAGCUCGGCUGCCAGAGACCCCGAGGCCAAGGUGGGGUUCCUGAAGCCCGUGGGCCCCAGGCCCGCCAUCGUGUCCAGAGACGACCCCAAAGCGGCGUCCCCGCGGCCACAUCCGGGCACUAAGCCGUCCCCGCACGGCGACCCCCAGGACCCGGAUGGGAGGACGGCGGCCGGCGUCAGGCCCGGGCCCGCUGCCCCGGCCCCGGAGGACGACCAGAGGCCCGUGUUCCCCAAGUUGGCCGCAGCCAAGGGCAAGUUCGCGUCCACACAUGGUGCGGACCCCAAACCCCACUCGGCCAGGCUCGGCUUGGGCCCGAAGCCGUCCCCGGGCGCCGAGAGCUCCCCGCCGCCGCCGCCGCAGGACGAAGGCCCGCCGCGGGCCCCGGACGCCAAGGCCAGGAGCGGCCCUUCGAAGGCAGCAAGGGAGAACCCCGAGCCCAAGGAGCGGGCAGGUGACCCCCCGAGUUCGCCCUUCGCCGGGGUGGUCCUGAGACCCGCUGCCAGCAGAGGUAGCCCGGGCCCCUCGAGAGCCGGGGAAGAGAAGAGGGAGGAUAGGAAGAUGGAUGCUGCUAAAAACAUCUUCCUGGGCAGAGCGAGUCAGGAAGACCCAGCCAAGCUCCCCAAGCCAGCGUCCAAGCCGCCUUGGGGCAAAAGUCAAGAGAAGGAAGCUGAAGACAAGAACGCAGUGACCCCAAAGCGGAAGCCGCUGCCCCCCUUGUUCACCUUGGGCCCACCUCCAUCCAAACCCAGCAGGCCACCCAACGUGGACCUGACCAGAUUCCUCAAAGCUGACUCUGCAAACGGUACCAGCAAAGGCCAGACACCUUACUCAGCAACUGCCCUGCCACCACCUCCACCAUCCCAUCCAGUCAGCCAGCCACCGCUGCCAGCAUCUCACCCAACACAGUCUCCAGCCCCAAGCCUGCCGCCCAGAAACAUUAAACCCUCUCUCGACCUGCGAAACACUAUAAAUGAAGACAAUCAAGAUGGUUUCAUGCACUCUGAUGGUCCUGGAAAUCUGGAGGAGGAACAAGAGAGUGAAGGAGAAACAUAUGAAGACAUAGAAUCAUCUAAAGAACGAGAUAAGAAAUGGGAAAAGGAGGAGAAGAAGAGAUUGGAGCUGGAGAGAAAAGAACAGAAAGAGAAAGAAAAGAAGGAACAAGAAUUAAGGAAGAAAUUUAAACUAACAGGCCCUGUUCAAGUCAUCCACCAUGCAAAAGCCUGCUGUGAUGUCAAAGGAGGGAAGAAUGAGCUGAGCUUCAAGCAAGGAGAAGAGAUUGAGAUAAUCCGCCUCACAGACAACCCAGAGGGGAAAUGGCUGGGCAGGACGUCCAGGGGCUCCUAUGGUUAUAUUAAAACAACUGCAGUUGAGAUUGACUACGAUUCUUUGAAAUUGAAAAAGAACUCUCUCAAUGCUGUGCCAUCAAGACUUGUUGAAGAUGACCAAGAAGUGUACGAUGAUGUGGCCGAACAGGAUGCCCCUCCCAGCCACAACCAGAGUGGAACUGGAGGGAUGUUCCCGCCACCUGAUGAAGACAUCUAUGAUGGAAUAGAAGAGGGAGAGGCUGACAAUGGAUCUGCGCUACAGGUUGAAGAGAAGAGUAACACGUGGUCCUGGGGCAUCUUGAAGAAGUUAAAGGGAAAAGAUGACAGAAAGAAAAGUGUGCGAGAGAAACUUAAAGUCUCUGAGUCAGACAGUAAUGAAGGUUCAGCUUUUUCUUCCCCUUCGAAACAACCAGAUGUGGGAGAAGAGGUGUAUGACGAUGUGGAUGCUUCAGAUUUCCCUGUUCCACCAGCAGAGACAAGCCAAGGAACCAAUGUUGGAAAGGCCAGAUCAGAGGAGAAAGACCCCAAGAAGCUAAAAAGGCAGGAAAAAGAAGAAAAGGACUUCAGAAAAAAAUUUAAAUAUGAUGGUGAAAUCAGGGUUCUUUAUUCAACCAAAGUUUCACCCUCCUUAACUUCUAAAAAGUGGGGAGCAAGAGAUCUACAAAUAAAAGCUGGUGAAUUACUGGAAGUUAUCCAAAGUACGGAUGAUACGAAAGUGCUGUGCAGGAGCGAGGAAGGAAAAUAUGGUUAUGUCCUUCGAAGCUACUUGGUAGACAAUGAUGGAGAGAUCUAUGACGACAUUGCUGACGGUUGCAUCUAUGACAAUGACUAGAACUCAGCUGUUCACCCUUCUUUGCCCAUUAGUGGCCAAUAAGAAGUCUGGGUUUUACUUGAAUUAUGUUAUUGGGUAUCAGAAAAAAAAUUAAUGUGC